CACGACCCUCGUUACAUGCCGAAAAGAAUGGAUCUCUCAGCGCCGGCAAGGUUACAGUGCCACUUGGGUCAGACGGUCACCCGCUGCCAAUUUGCGUGACAUGUUCCAAUAUCUUGCCUGUGAUUUCCUGUCAACAACAAAGUGGUUUGGGGCCUCAGUGUUGAUACAUCGCCACGCAGAGGCAGGAAGCGCAAGGAGCCGCAAGAGUGCCCCCGAUGUAUGCGUCAUUUUGCCAUCUAUGACCAAGCAUGGCCUGCUCGCUUGCCUAACCAAGUUGUCGGCCAUCCCGGACGUGAUGAUACGGAAACAUUUAAGCGGUCAGGACAGAAGGCCUCGUCCGUUACCGAACGGAAACGACCUGCAGGAGAAGAACGGCCGCAGAAGAAAAGCAAAGUCGACCAAACAGCUAUAGUGGAAAUGUCCUCGAAAGCGAAGGAGAUGCUGAUGCCCCAAAAGAGAAAAAGGGGCAGGCCUCGCAAGCACCCGCCACCUGAAGAGGAACCUCCGAAACGCAAACGAGGCAGACCUCGCAUUUAUUCACCACGUCGAUCACGCUCCACAGCUCCUGCGAAAUCCGCAGCUCUAGGAUCUCGCCCCUCUUCUCCGACAAGCGUACGUUCGAAGAGUGAUCGCUCGAGCUCGUCCGGAUCCAGUCAUCAUGGUCUGAUGUCCUCGGCGCUGAAACAACCACGAGAUUUUAACGGUCGUUUUGGCAAGAAAGCCGCGACGAACAGUCGGUUCAUGCGAAAACCAACUUCUCCGUUACCGAGCAACUUGGCCAGAGCCCAGAGGAUGCUGGAGAGGAGUAAGGUCAAACAGUGGCUAGAAGAUAAUCGUGACCAUGACGUCGAAACGGCGGUCCAGACGAAUGGCAAGCGAGGCAUACCUGCUGAAGUUGAUACUUCACCUCGUCCGACCAAACGGUUGCGAAGCGCCCGCGCACGCACAGUGGACGGCGCCGAUGAUCCUAUCCCAGUCGGUGUUUCGGGUUCCAUGUCCUUUCGUUUUAGUGGAGUAAAUGGGAGCUUGCUUCGUCGUCCCAAUCCAACCAACUUUGCUCGGAGGAAGUGGGUACCAGAUCUUUCUGGUGAAGGCUCGGUCCAUGAAGAUGACGAUGUAAAGAGCUCUCUGCGCACUUCAGAAAGCGAUAGUAACGGCCCUGUCACUCCCGAGGACCGUACCCCACUGCCCAUUCUUGGUCCAAUACCCUGCGCAGAAACCCAUCUAAUUGAGCCACCGAAUGCCUCCCCGCGUCGUUCCACCCGAGGUGCCCAUGCAGAAAGCAUUACUAGCGUAUUGAUUUACAAACCGUCUCCGGUUAAUUUUGCGAGGCGUCGAUGGCACUCGGCUGCUAAGUCGCCACUAGAAGCGGGGUCUGGGACGCGCCGCAGCCAGAGGCUGAGGCCAAGAACAUCUUGUGCGGAAGACGACGUACAAUCACAACCAAUGGGCUUGUCGAGCACACGGACAACACUUGCUUCCCGAUCGGUCUCUCCGGGAAAAAACCCGAAAUCUGGCGGUGAGCCUCCCGCAGCCCCAGAAGCAGACCCAGGUGACUUCUCGAUCUCUGCCGCGAGGCAUGGUACAGGGUUGAAUGGCGACAAAUCAUUACUGCCAACAAGUUCCGAAGGUAACCCUGCUGUUGGUGGGCUUCUCCCAGAAGCCUCAGCAACCCAUACACCGCCUGAAAGUGAGGACGUCUUGUCUCAUCUUCGUGUCACGUACACGACGGAACUCCCAGCUGUCGUGCCAUGGAAAAAUGUUCAGGCGACGCCUAUGUCCCAUUACCUUAAGAAAUCUGCAUCUUUUCUUGGCGACGAUUGCUCAUCGCCGACGCAUCUUGUCCAUGCAGGAUGGGAUGAUUCUGUAUCGGACGUCCUUUCCGACUAACAAUCCCGCUUUUCGAGUACCCUUGUAGGCUAAUUUAUUCCAGGUUGCUAAUGGCCUUCGGUAGCCAACGUGCAUCUCUCAUAU